CUGCUAAGUUCCUGGAAUAAGUUUAACAGAAACCCAGAAGAAAGAUCGUUAUGUCGAGUUUUUUACAAUUUUUAGAGCACCAUGAAAGAUUUUUCAUGUCAGAUGUCUUUUUCUUCUCCGUGAUAGCCAUCCUCUUCGUAGUCUUACUUGAGCGAUUUUUAAGUCGUUCGAAUAAGAAAAGAAAGCUAAUGUUACCACCUUCUCCGCCGAAACUCCCAAUCAUUGGAAACAUUCACAAAAUCGGGUCGUACCCUCAUCGCUCACUCCGGGCCUUAGCUCAACAAUUUGGCCCUCUCAUGUUGCUCCGCUUUGGCAGUGCGCCUGUGCUUGUUGUCUCCUCCGCUGAUGCUGCCCGUGAGAUCAUGAAAACCAAUGAUCUGACAUUCGCAAACAGACCCAAAUCAAGUACCUUUCAAAAGCUUCUCUAUGAUUACAAAGACGUUUCAACGGCACCUUAUGGUGAUUACUGGAGGCAAAUGAAAAGCAUAUGCGUGCUACAUCUUCUAAGUAACAAAAAGGUUCAGUCCUUUCGCGCUGUAAGAGAAGAAGAAACGGUUCUUGCUGUUGAGAAGAUUAAAAAGUGUAGCACAUCUGCUUUGCCAGUGAAUCUAAGUGAACUCUUUUCUACGGUCACAAACAGUGUUGUCUGCAGAGUCGCUUUAGGAAGAAAGUACAGUGAAGGGGAAGAUGGGAACAAGUUUAAGAAGCUUUUGAGCGAGUUCGUGGAGUUGUUGGGUGGCAUAAAUGUUGGGGACUAUAUUCCUUGGCUUGCUUGGAUAAACCAUGUUAAUGGAUUGAAUGGUAAAGUAGAGAAAGUGGCCAAGGAGUUCGAUGCUUUUUUAAGUGGAGUGCUCGAAGAGCAUAUGAUCGACAUAACCAGGAAAGGAAAUGAUGAUAUUGGGAUUCAAGAUGAGGAUGAAAAAGAUUUCGUUGAUGUUUUGCUGGGGAUUCAGAGGGAAAACACGGUUGGCUUUCCCAUAGAGGAAGUGAGCAUUAAGGCUCUUAUCUUGGAUGCGUUUGCAGCUGGAACUCACACUACAUAUACAGUCCUGGAGUGGGCAAUGACAGAACUGUUGAGGCACCCAGAGAUAAUGAAAGAACUACAAAAAGAGGUCAGGAAAGUUGCCUGUGAAAAAUCGGAAAUUUCGGAGGAUGAUCUGGAUAACAUGCACUACUUAAAAGCUGUGAUCAAAGAGACUCUUCGUUUACAUCCUCCGAUUCCAUUGUUAGUUCCAAGAAUAUCAACAGAAGAUGUCAGGAUCAAUGGCUAUGACAUUGAACGAGGAACUCAAGUUAUUAUCAAUGCUUGGGCAAUCGGAAGAGACCCUAUGUCGUGGGAGAAACCAGAAGAAUUUCUUCCAGAGAGGUUCUUGAACAAUUCCCUAGAUUUCAAAGGACAUCAUUUCGAAUUGAUUCCAUUUGGUUCUGGAAGGAGGAUUUGUCCAGGCAUCCUAUUUGCAAUGAAAAUAAAUGAGCUCUUAUUGGCAAAUCUUGUUCACAAGUUUGAUUGGUCAUUGCCUGGUGGAGCAAAACAGAACGAUUUGGACAUGAAUGAAAGCUUUGGCCUUACCAUACACAAAAAAUCUCCUCUAAUUGCUAUUGCAAAUCCAUGUUGUUGCUAGGGGAAAGGCAAUCCUCAAGUUUUUUUCCCAAUGGAUGGUACUCUGUAAUCUUAUUUCUCAAAAUAAGUUAGUUUUAAACUUAAUUUUCAAAAUAAGAUACAUAUAUCCACGUGUAAUCCAUGUGACCAAUAAAUGACACGUCAUAAAAAAAUGCAUAAUUAUGUUUU